AGAAAAUGCUCCAGUUGAAGACUGGGAUGCAUCAGCCCUUAGAGAGGAAGGGAUCUGCUGAGAGGGGAGUGAAUGAGCAGAAGACACAGCCUGAGGAAGCAGGAUUUUCCUCUGUGUUCCACAGUGGGAAAUAUUCCUUGAUCCAGGAUCAGCUUCAAGAGUUGACCCAUCUGCAGCAAAAGAUAAGGAUUGGGAGAGCUGUCUCUUUCGUUCUCAUCCAGCAUGUCAUGAACACAGUGAAGACCUUCCAGGAACUCCUCAGCAGGAAUAAGUUUGAUGACUACAUGCAGGAGCAUUUCUGUGAGCAGCUGGCCAAGGCCAGCCAGCUAGCAGAGAGCCUCGUCAGCAAAUUCAGCAUGGAUGAUUGUAUAAGUAAGAAGUAUCAAAGAGAACAGAUGCUGCGGAACCUCAGUGUCUUAAGAAAGAUGCGCAAAAUGGAUAAAGUGACAGAUGUCGUAGAGACCUGCCCCCGGAUCUGCUCCAGCAGCCAUGCCCAGUCUGCUGCCCAUUGCUUCCUCAACAGCACCUCCUUACUACUUGAUGAGCAGGAAAUGCGCCCUGCAAUGGACGUGGCCAAUGUCCUUGUAGCCACUCCUGCUGAUUCAGCUUCAUUGCCCAGUAACCAUUCAGAAGCCAUGUCUGCCCAGCCCUUCUAUCCUUGGAGUGGCACUGCACAGCUGAACUGGACACCAGACCCUGAGCAUCGUGGCAGCAGUAGCCCAUGGGACAAGAUGAGCCUUCAGAGAAGGAAUGCAUCUGAGAACCUAUCCUCUUCCUCUUUGUACCUGCCCAACUCCAAGCCCUCUGGGGCUGACCUGCUGGAAAAGAAUCUUGUUGAAAUCCAGAACCUGCGCCAACGCCUGGAGGCAUCUGUAUUUAUCAGUGACCGCCUGCGGGAAAGGCUGGAAUAUGUGCUCAGCAGUGCUAACCAAGGAAGAAGCACUUCACAGUCAGCUCCAGAUGUCUCCCUUGCAACCUGUCAUUUAUACACUCAGAGUCACUCUUCGGGCUCUGGUUGGGACAUCUUGUGACAUGAC